CGUGUUUAAAUUAGUCCCGGCACAACUGUCGUGCAAGCAACAUGCUAUACGCCACCGUUAACCACCGGGCAAUGGUCACAUCGAAAUGCUAACAAUCAACAAAUAUUUACCAAAAAAUCAGUGAUCAAAAGUGACAGUCAGUGAUAAUGAGUGAAACCUGGUGAAAAUUCUAAGCGUUCAAAAUUAUUGGUUUUCCCCCAGUGAUACCUAAAACAGAAACCUGAAAGAUGAAGAUCCUAGGACUGUUGUUGACCCUCUUCCUCAUGGUGGAGGCUGAUCUCCUGGACCUGUACGUCCAGCACAUGGACGAGACGAUGGGUACGAAUAAUAUUAAGAAACAUCCAAAGGAUACGGUAUCAAAGACUCGCAGCAAGCGGUACCUCAAGGGUGCAAUGCGAUACGGACAUUUUCGAAAGCAACGACUGGACGUCGAGGAUGACUGGUGGAUUGAUAAGAGAGUCCUCAAGAAGCCUCUGCCAAAGCUUCCAAUUUCAAAGCCAGAUGGUCUCGACUUUCCCAAUCUCAAGGAGACGAAUCGGAAUGAUGAUCACGAGAUCGUGAGGAAGAAGCAGCUGUUUCAGGCGUCUGAAGGAUUUGAUAUUGAUCGAAUAGCUGGUGAUACUGAGUCCAUUGAUGAAGUGUCGAUUGCCCCCGGAGACGAGGUGAUGCAGGUUCUGAAGAGGAAUCACACCAGGAUCCCGAAGAAAUACCACCUUCAGAAGGAAGCAGGGGCUCUGAAGGAUUUCAGAUCUCCAAAGCAAAAGCGAAGCGCAAGCAAACUCAAUUUCACGAGGCAUGAGGUCCUUGAUGAGGUCGGCGAUGUCAUCCUCGAGUGGGAUCCCUCCGACGAGGUCAUUAUCACGUUCAAGGUCACCGCAAGGACCUUAGGAUACGUUGGUAUCGGAUUCAACGAUAAGAAUCACAUGAAGGGAGCGGAUUUGCUCCUCGCCUGGAUUGACGAUCACGAUAACUCCGUGAAUGUUCUGGAUUCGCACGGACUGGAAGACGACAAUGCAGCACCGGUUGCCGACGAGUCCCAGGAUAUUGAUAUUCUCGGUGGUUCUCAAAACGACACCCACACGAUUAUAACAUUCUCGCGACGUUGGCAGACCUGUGAUCCCGAGGAUCGUCACUUAAACGAAGACAACGUGCGGGUGCUCUGGGCCUUACAAGAUACCGACCCAGAACUAAAUACCCCUCUCUGGCAUGGCGAAAGGAGGGGAGCAAGGCCCCUAAGACUCGGUGGAGCAGUCCCAAAGCCCCCACCACCCCAUAACCCCGACAUCAGACACUGGGACGUCAAAUUAAAUCAGUUCGCUGUCGAUGAUAAGCAGGACACAAUUUACUGGUGCAAAAUAUUCAAGGCCCCACCAUUCAACAAGAAGCAUCACAUGAUCGGGUACGAGCCGCUGGUGGAGAAGGGCAAUGAGGGAUUGGUGCAUCAUAUGAUCCUCUACGAAUGUGCCUCCACGUCUUCGGAGCUAGGAAAAUACUCGAGAAUUGUUGGAAGCUACUGCUAUGAUCCAACGAUGCCGAAGGAGUGGGAAACGUGCAUUCGCCCGAUCGUCGCAUGGGCCCGAGGAAGUAAAGGGGAGUGGUUUGCAGAGCACGUGGGGAUUCCUGUAGCUGAGCACAAGGAGGGGUCCUACAUGCUGGAGGUCCACUACAACAAUCCGACCCUCAAAAAGGCAAUCGACAGCAGUGGAAUUCGACUCCACCUGACACCCGUCCUGAGGCCCAACGAAGCCGGCAUUUUCGUCGCUGGUGUAGCCGUCAGUCCUCUACACCUCAUACCCCCGCGACAAAGGGAGUACGCCACUGCGGGGUACUGCAGUCCGGAUUGCACCGAAAAGCUUCUCCCUGAGGACGGUGUCAACGUGAUAUCAGUGGUCCUUCACUCUCACCUGGCGGGUCGCCGACUGAGUUUGAAACACAUUCGUAACGGCCAGGAGCUCCCACACAUCGCCCACGAGAAUCACUUUGACUUUGAUUAUCAGCAGUCGCACAGUCUCGCAGAGGAAGUGAAAAUCCUCCCAGGCGAUGAGCUCGUAACCGAGUGCGUCUACGACACUCACGACCGGCCGAAUCCAACGCUCGGUGGUUACGCCGCAUCACAAGAAAUGUGUCUAUCCUUCGUUGUUUAUUAUCCGAGGACAGAACUUGCUGGAUGCUAUUCAAUGACACCAGCUACUGAUCUCUUCAAAACCCUUGGGGUCUCAAAUUUCAAAGGGGUCAGUCUCGAUAACCUGGAGAAGCUCUUCCUGACCACAGGGGUGGAGGCUGUAACUCUUCCUACGAUAGUGCAACAGCAACUUCCGGUGUAUCCAGCAACGAGACCCAGCGAGGAGAUCGACGAGACGGUCAUAAAAGAAACUGAGACCGCGAUAAAAGCUAUAAAAGAAUUCACGGAACAGGUUACGGAUGACAAUGUCUUCGCGAGGCUUGUUAUCGAGGAGCCGAAGGAAUUUAAGGGGCGAACUCUGGCAGAACAUAUGUCGGCGUUAGCCUGGACUGACGAGUUGCUUACGAGACCCAUCGAGAAUACACUCUACCAUGGGAGGCACAUGACUUUCUGCAGAAAGAGGGACGACAAAUUGGCGAUUCCUUCGGACAUCCAGAGCUUUCCAAACUUCACGAGAUUACCCGAGAAGAAUCAGACAGUCUGUCGUGAAAGAAGAACGAUGUCCUCUGGAGCGAUCUCAGUCACCCUCACAGCUGCUCUUUACAUUAUCGCUUUGAGCAUUUCCCUCUGCUGAUGGAAAUAAAUCCCCGAAGCUUCUCCAAAGCUGUACAUUCGGAAUCUACUGCAAAAAAAAAGAAGUUGUAUUAAUUGGCUCAAAUUAUUUAUUUAUCAACAACUGUUUUCAAAUAUUUUUCUACUCCGUUUUUCACACGUUAUCCAUCGAUCGACCGUUGGACAUUGAUCGUCACGUAGUGAGAAUAAUUAUUCCUUGUCUAGUUAUUAUUUUAAUGUAACGUUACGCAGUUUUUUUUGAAAUUUUGAGAACACGUGUGGUGCCGAAAUUUCUAUGAGAUAAUAUAACGGAGAAAUUGAACGAUGUACAUAAUAUUUAUAAGAUGUAUUUUGUAAUUUUUUAUGGAUUGAGAACUGAGAGCUUUUGCGGAGCAUAUUUUUAAUUUGUGUAUAAAGAAAUCAUUCAGGAA